AUGGAGAGAAAUAUUUUCUGGCGCUCUCCUAAUGACUCGACUGCCGCUAUCUACUUAUCAGAUCAUUCUGAUCAGAGUCUUAAGCUUCACAAUUUUUAUACAAGUCAAAAAAGGGAAAACAAACUCAUGAAAGUGAUGAUGUUUGAACAAUGUGACGAGACAGAAAAAGAAGCUGAAGAACCUUUUGCAUGCAACAAUAAUGAACUCUGUAUAAUAAUUCUUUUGACCUUCAACAUACUUAAAGCACAUCGAAAUUUAUUCAACCCCAAAGUUCAGAUGUGA